UAACCCGGAUGUUGUUAAUGCCCAAGUAUCAGCAGUGGGCAUAGUUUUGGAAUUUGUUGUACUUUUUCUUGACACAUUUCCACCCGCUUCAAAGCAACAUUGUUUGAAUAUUAUCAUGAAUCUAAGAUUCGCUUUGGUGUGUCUAUUUCAAAUGUAUGCAGCAAGUUUGUGUCAUGAUGGAUCAAGACCCAACAUCGUAAUGGUGAUGACUGAUGCAUUUGAUGGGCGCUUGACAUUUGACCCUGGCAGCAAAGUUUUGCAGCUUCCUUAUAUCAACUACCUCAGAGAACUGGGGAGCACCUUUAUUAAUGCUUACACCAACUCUCCAAUAUGCUGCCCUUCCCGUGCAGCCAUGUGGAGCGGUCAGUUUAUUCACCUCACGCAGGCUUGGAACAAUUACAAGUGCCUUGAUGCAAAUGCGACCACAUGGAUGGAUCUGCUGGAGAAGAACGGUUACCUUACAAAGAAGCUCGGCAAGCUGGACUACACGUCAGGGGGACAUUCACUCAGUAAUCGUGUUGAAGCCUGGACACGGGACGUUCACUUCCUGCUACGCCAAGAGGGUCGGCCUGUCACUCAGCUGGUUGGAAACAUGUCAACAGUGAGAGUCAAUACUGUGGACUGGAAACAAACUGAUUUGGCCACCGAAUGGAUCCAUCAGAAGGCUGCAUCCUCGCGCCGUCCUUUUGCCUUUUACCUCGGUCUGAAUCUACCUCACACCUACAAGACUGAUUCACUGGGGCCCACUGCCGGAGGAUCCACAUUUCGCUCAUCUCCUUACUGGCUGAAAAAGGUUAAUUCUGACCUGAUCUCCGUUCCCACGUGGCUCCCCUUGACUGCCAUGCACCCUGUUGACUACUACUCCACCUUUACCAAAAACUGCAGCGGGGAUUUCACAAAGGAGGAAGUGAAGAGAAUCCGGGCCUUCUACUAUGCCAUGUGUGCUGAAGCAGAUGCAAUGUUGGGACAGAUUAUUUCCGCGCUAAGAGUCACGGGUUUACUCAACAACACUGUCGUGAUCUUCACGGCCGACCAUGGGGAGCUGGCUAUGGAGCACCGUCAGUUCUACAAGAUGUCCAUGUUUGAGGGGAGCUCGCACGUUCCCUUGCUCAUCAUGGGGCCUGGGAUAACGUCAGGCCUGCAGGUCAACCAGCUCGUGUCACUGGUUGAUCUCUACCCUACUUUGCUGGAUAUUGCAGAAAUCUCAGGAAUAGGGAACCUCAGUGGCCACUCGUUGCUUCCGCUUCUGUCCAAGUACAGUAUGUUUCUCAAGAACGAACAUCCAGAUUGGGUUCUGAGCGAAUAUCAUGGCUGCAAUGUAAAUGCCUCAACCUACAUGCUGAGAAGUGGCAAGUGGAAAUACAUCACCUACGCUGAUGGCAUGAGUGUGCCGCCUCAACUUUUUGACCUAAUAUUGGACAAGGAAGAACUUCACAACGUGGCCUUCAAAUUCCCUGAUGUGAAGGCGCAGCUAGACAAACGGUUGCGUAGCGUUGUAAACUAUCCGACCGUUUCUGCAACUGUCCAUGGCUACAAUAAAAAAGAAUUUGCUGCCUGGCGCCAAAGUGUAGGUAGCAACUACAGUGAGGUCAUAGCUAAUCUCAGGUGGCAUGUUGAUUGGCAAAAAGAUGUCGUAACCAAUGAAAGACUUAUUGACAGGUGGCUGGACAGUUCCUUAUGAUACUACUGUAUGCUUUUUAGUCAUAUUGUCCGAAAAUAUUGUUGCACUCUGUUCAGUGUGAGUGUUGUGAAUGAUGCUCUGAUUUUAAUAUUGAAAUAUCUGGAUUGUUAAAAUACAUUACAAAUAUUCUUUCACAUUUGUAUGCUCAGACCUUAUUAAUGAAGUUAUACUUGGAUGUUUGAUGUGAAAAAUUUUGUAUCACAGAUAUUUAUUUGUAUUCAUUUGGUACCUGUUUUUUGGUUUUGUCUUUUUUUAUUAUUUUUGAAUCAUAAUUUAUUUUUUUUCGGUUUCUGUACUUAGAUUGGGUCAACAAUGCGUUCCCUUUGUGAUUAAUGUUUUAUUGCUUUCUGAUUUUGAUAAUAAAGCAAACCAAAUCUAUAACAAUAUCA